CUAUAAAAGGGGAAGUCCUUGUAUGGAUAUCCAAGCACAACAUACCAUCUAUAGCUAGCAUCUUAAAUUUCUAAUUUUGUUUCAUUGUUCUUCAAAUCAUUCAAAAGAACAUUAUGGUGUCUAAAGUAGAAGAAGCAAUGAAGAAGAACAAGCAACAACAAUCACAACAACACAAUCAACAACAACAAAAACAAAUUCAAUGCAACAAAGGAAAAGCUGGAAAGUUCAAAAGGAGUAGUUCCAAUGUGGAAGAGGAUGGUCUUUCUUCUGCAAUUCUUUUUCUAGCUUGCAUAGCUUGUGCUCCUUCCUAUGGAUAGCACUCACAAUUCAAUAAUGCAUUCCUUAAUUAAUUAUCAUUUCCUAGCUCAUCUUCAUCUCUUAUCUUCUUCACACCUCUCAUUAAUUAGAAAAUUAGAUUAAUUACAUUCAAUUAUCUCUUUGGUUUUUUUUUUUUUUCAGCACUUAAUUAUCUCUCGAAUUUGCAUCUUGUCUAUAAACUAUGGUCUUAGAAAUUAUAGUAUAGCCUUUAAAGUUUAAACAAUAUAUAGUUUCAUGUCAUUAUUAUUAUUAUUUCUUAGUAAGUGUACCCUUAAUAAUUCAGUAUUAAUUGUAAUUCAUUUGUGCAACAUCUCUAUUUCA